AUGGCUUUCGGGAAAACGACGAGAGGUGACCCCAAUGAUACUGAAAUCUGCAAGCGAGUUUGGCCAGCAUUAGCAGACAAAGUCUACCUUUCUGGUCAAUAUAUGACACUGGCAGCCUGCGUCAAAAAUGUCAUCACUCCGUCAGAAGAAGCCGUAAAACAAGUUUUGCCGUCAAACAGUAACAUCGACACAAUUGAAACAGUCGUGGGCUCUGUCAGACGGUCAGACCAAAUGCCUGUGGAGGAUGUUGUGAAAGCAUUCAGCCUCAGAACUGCAAAUCCAGGAAACCAGGAUCGAGAAGUGAUGGAAGUUGUUUCCGUGGCCGCAUCUCUCGAAUCAAUGACGAGUAUCCAAGUCUUGCCGAAUUCAAAUAUACAUGAAAAGUCAGCGGUAUUAUGGGAGUGCGGAGCAUCGCUGAAAGAUACCCUGUCUAAAUCUUAUAACGGAGUGCUGAACCCGGACUUGCAACACGGAACCCUAACCUCGCAUCUCACGAUAAGGUCCCUAGUCAAGUUUCACGGCUACACGGUCGUGUGGACAGACUUUCUGAAUCAGCAUCUGUGUAUCGACGAGGAAUCGAGGCUUGUCUGGGUCUUUCAACACAAAAUAUGGCUCUCUUCGCAAGUGGGCCGAUCGGAUUGUUCGAUACCACAAUCUGUGCUGCUCGAAGCGCUGGAUACACUCAAUGUGCUUCUCCCUCCGGACGAUGACCACACCAGGCGAUUUCUACAGAGGCGAGAACAGGAAUUUUACAGCUUGGGUUAUUGUGGCAGAGUCCCAAGCACCGACUUGAAGAAGUACGCCAUCUGGGGAACGAAGAUGGACCGGCAUUUGAGCAUCGCAAAAGGCCCAAGAAGAGGGAUUUGGCAGUUUCUCCCUACUCCUGAUCGAUUCAAUGUUUUGAAAUCAGCCAACUUCGUGAUUGCGUGUGUGGCGCUCGUGUUCUCGAUUGUGGGAUUCGUGUUGGGACUGGUAUCUAUCAUUUACGCAAAGUUGUCGUAUCAGAUCGGGCUGGAGUCUAUCGACAUAUCAAAAGUAUCUCUUGAUGUGUCUAAUGAGUCUCGAGAUUUGACAAGGCUGCAGUACCUUUUGUCAGUUGCACAGGCUUGUUCAGAUCCUGAUCAAGCGCAGUUGUUGCCAGACUUUUGUUCUGCGGAGGCCUAG